AGAAGGUGUCAUUAGGCUGUGAAGAUUAUUCACAUAUUUAAAUCAGGUGGUUUGGAGUAGAGACGCAUCUGAAAAGUCAAGGAAAGUGUUUGUUCUUGACCACUAUCAUCUUCUUGAGCUGUAGGAUAAAACACACAAUGGAGAUCAUGCUGUGAGUGCACCGAGGCUCUGUGCCAAAAGAAAUCCUUUAAGUUGUAUGUUUACAGCAAUAAACCCAAAGGUAAAGUUGGAACAAAAGGAAAGAAGCAGAUCUAUGAGGAGAACGAGGCGACGCUCAAGUUCUACACCAGAGUCAUCCUGGGAGCCAACGCAAUAUAUGCCGCUGUGAAUUUUUUAGUUUUCUACAGUUCCUCCACCUUUUGGGCCUGGGUGAGUCAAUUCAAGCUCCUAAACUGUCAGAGCACAUCUUGUCAUAUUUCUUGGGCCUGAACUUAUCACACCCACACACGCUUCCCGAAGCUGCUGCUGCUAUUCGCGCUCGCCGUGUACGUUGGGAGCUACCGCUCCAUGUCGGCCAUGGCCAAGCCUGCGUUUGCUGAGGACGGGAGUCUGCUAGAUGGAGGAAUAGACCUAAACAUGGAGCAGGGAAUGGCAGAGCACCUAAAAGAUGUAAUCUUGCUCACUGCCAUCGUUCAAGUACUCAGCACCCUCUCUGCUUAUUUCUGGUAUCUUUGGCUGCUGGCCCCUGCUCGGGCUCUUCACCUGCUAUGGGUGAACUUUUUGGGCCCCUGGUUUAUGGCGGAAAACCCCUCAGCACCGGAGGAGGUGAAUGAGAAAAAGCAGAGAAGGCAAGAGCGCAGACAGGCGAAGCGGUUCUGAUGCUGCGGAGCGGACCGAGCAGUAUUUUUAUACACACAACAAUCUCAUAUACAGAAAGCGGGGAACUCGUAAGUUAUUCAGGAAGACGUUUUUUUUGUUAUUACGUUAAAUCCAGUUGAAAUCUGAUACAGUGGAAUCUUGUUUUUCCGUGUUUGUUUUCUUUCCGCUUUCUCCCGUAAUCACAUUUUCUUCGUAAAUUAUGAAAUGAAAUGUUCCCUAUUUAGAUGAUGCCUCCGUCCAAAUCGCAUUUGUCUUCAUGACAAGAUUUACGAGUUUAGUCUUGCAGAAUGCUUUCAUGCCACCACCCCCUGCUGAUCUUUUUUUUUUUUUUUUUUUUUUUUGUUCCACACCACUGUCCAAAAAAACUUUUGUAAUGUGAUGUUUUUAAUUUUAGUUUUCUUUUUUGGUUUUUUUAAGUCCUCUGUAACAAUCUAUGUAUUGUUGCCACAAAAUCAAACUCAAAAGCCUUAAUAAGAGAAUGGGAACAACUUUGCAAUAAAAGGUGUCCAUGUGU